AGGAAGAAAGAAAGAAAAGGGAGCGAAAAAAAAAAGGAAAAGGUUUUGGAGCUGGCCUCUGGUGACGUGCAGGGCCUGCAGGGCGGUGUUCUCAGGCGGAGAAAGAGUCAGACUCGGGUGUGUGAGACACAUCUGGAAUAGUAGGCUAACUGCAGAGAAAGAGUCGAGAGGAGCAGAACUCCGCCGAAACUUCCCUCAACUCCUCAUUUCAGCUCUCUCUUUUCACGGACACAAACCUCUCGCUUUUUGCUUUUUUUUUAUCUACUUGAAAAAUGCUGCUCAUCCUGCUUGGAGUGCUCAUCUUGCACCUUAUCAUCCUUAUUCUUCUCAUUGUGUCAACAGCUGCCAGUACUUGGACUGUAGGUGGGGAUAGGAGCACAGAUCUGUGGUACAGUUGUGAGACAACUAAUGGAGGCUACCACUGCCACCCUGCCAACAAUGAAGAUUGGAUCCAGGCAGUUCAAGCCCUCAUGAUCUUGUCGAUACUCUUCUGCUUCUUCUCCCUCAUUGCGUUCUUGUAUCAGCUGUUCAGACUGGUCAAGGGCGGACGCUUCUUCUUCACCGCCAUCUUCCAGGUCUUGGCAAGCGUGUUUGUCAUGUGCGGGGCGAUCAUCUACACCGUGAUGAGUCCGGAUGGUGCACCUGGGACGCAGUUUGGCUACGCCUACGUGCUGGCCUGGGUGGCUUUCCCUCUCUGUCUCAUCAGCGGCCUCAUUUAUAUUGUCCUGAGGAAGAAGGAAUGAGAGAAAGAGCAGAGGAGAAAAGAGGAGGGGUAGUUAGGAUACCCCGUAGGACCACACCGCACUGUGCCUACUGCCCACAGACCAUAGACUGACAUCCCAACAAUACAACAAAAGUGCAUGUGUCACUAACAAUUGUAAACACUAAAUUUAUAACUGCUGGGGAUCUUUUUUAAAGCUGUAUUUCGAUAUCCAUUAUGCUCCCAUCACAUGCUGAAAAAUUUCACAUCCGUUUGCUUUGUGAAUUGUAACAAAGGCUGAGUGUCACUACACACGUUUCCUAUGGUGACUUCAAAAUGUGUUUAGAAAUGCAUUUGUGACAUAUUGACUUUUGUUGCAUCCCGGCACCCAAGUUCCACACAUGCAUUGUGUGUCAUAACAAAGACUAAGAGUAAUCCUUCCUUGCUACAGUACAAAGAUGUACAUAGUGUCUGUGGUUUUUAGACAUAUUUAUAACAUUUUUCAUACAUUUUGUACAUAGUGUUGUCAAGUUAACAUUGUCAUGCUCAUUUUAUGUGAUAGAGUUUGUGUCUCUCACAAACUCAUGCAGCUGUGCCAAAGAGAUGUCGCUUCAACUGCCAGUGUCAAGCUUUUUAAAAUUUUGUCCUCUUUUUUUUGAGUGUUGACUGCUUUGAAACAUGUGCCUUACUCAGAAUACCUUUGUGUUCUUCUUAAAGGAAAUGAGAACAUCCUCAGACAUUAAAAAGAAGAAGAAGAAGUGUUAUUAAACUCAUGAAGUUUUUAGGAAUUAUCAUUGUACUUGAUAUGCCAAAUAAAUUGUUUUGCAUUUUGUAAUCUAGUCUUGAAAAAUGGUGCUUAGUAUCUACUAUUCUUGAAAUGUAUACUUUGUGUUGCAAGUGUGUCAUGUCCUGUGAUUAAUUUGCUUUGUACAAAACUAAGUUUGCAUUUUUGUCAGUAUUCUUUGAAAUAAACCCUUUGAAAUGA